CCCACUUUGAGAGUGGUAUCGUCCUGGCAACGUUUAGUCACGACCCGGCGACAAGUGCGUCAGCGGUGACGUCAUGCGGCCCAUCCCACGCCGCGCGGCUCUGUGCGCUGACGUGGGCGCGCCGAUUUAGCAACAUGACAGCAUUCAGGGCGGAGAAAGGGCUCCGGAAGACAAUACCAACACAAUCCCGCGUGCAGCGAAGAUAGCACUACACCCGCCAGUGUCAGCGAGCAGCGCCAGCGAUAGGACGUACGAGUAACACGCUCAGCCCACCUGUUAGACUCGUACUACGUUCCCAUACCUUAUCUGUUACUACUACUACAGUACUAGGGUCUGUUUGGUUUGCGGCGUGUAGCAACUUUACAACCGUGUGUCAGCAUGUGUCAGACCGAGGAGGAUUACUCAGAUUCGAGAGACAUGGGCGACCUGUGCGAGCCUCCUGCCAAGAAACUUUGCGUCGAACGCCUGACGGAGGUCGACUCGACCGUAACUGUUAGACCAAAAGGUAUGGAGCCUAAUCUGACGCUGUGGCAGUUCCUGCUGGAGCUGUUACUGGAUCCGAAGAACGCCAAUCUCAUCGCCUGGACGUCCAACGACGGCGAGUUCAAACUGAAUAGUGCGGAAGAGGUGGCCCGACUGUGGGGUUUGAGAAAGAACAAGACCAACAUGAACUACGACAAGUUGUCGCGGGCCCUGCGCUACUACUACGACAAGAACAUCAUCAAGAAGGUGAUGGGGCAGAAGUUCGUCUACAAGUUCGUCAACCUGCCCGCCAUCCUGAAACCUGACGUGAAGCCGUCCCUCCACCCGAUCGCGCCGGACGUCGGGCGCUCCUCUCCCCACCAACAUCAGCAGCACAGCCUAGCGGCCAUGCAGGGGUACAGCAGCGGCGCCAACACGCACGCGCAGAACGCGUCGGUCAUGACGUCACAGCACCCCCACUCCUCGGGAGGAGUAGGAGGAGAGAGCGUGGCGCACCUGAGCGGCCACCACGCGGCCAUGAACACUGCAAACUUGAGCGUGCCCCAGCUGCACCUGUCCGCCGACCGCCCGCACCCGCGGCCACAUUCCCAGCCCUGCGCCACCCAGUCCGUGCCGGUCAGCCUGCAGUUCCGUACCGCCACGCCAGAGGCCCUCAGGCGCAGCAGCCCCCACAUUGCCGCCACCACCGUCUUCAACCCAGUCACCACCUCCAAGUCGUUCGAAUUCCACCACCAGGUGCCCAGGGCGUCGUCGGCGGGCCACCCCGUCGUGCAGAGCACCGCCGCCUCCACCAUCCACCGCCCGGCCGUGUCCCGUCACAGGCCGCACUUCAUCUCCAUCCCCAACAUCAUCAGCGUGGACUCCCCCAUCAAGAGCCCCACCCUGACCACCAGACCGACCGGCGCACCCGACAGCCUCACCACCACACACUUCAGCACCCAGACGCCCAUCAUGGUCACCUCGUCCCCCUCCCCGCUCAUCCCUAACCAGACCGGCACCCCGGUCAUCCCGCUCCACUUCUGGAGCACCCUGUCCCCCGCCGCCGCCCUCAGCCCCCGAUUCACCCCCUCCUCCAACCACUUCCAGUUCCCCGCCAUCACCGGCUCCGGCCCCGUGCCUGUCGCCAUCGGCGUCCCCGUCAACUCCUUCACGGGCGUCCCGCUGUCCCCCCUCAUCCUGUCCCCGGGAUUUCAGAAGGUCUACUGACUGACCGACGAGGACCAAAACAGGAGUGGACCAAGCAACUCCCGAUCCCCUUCCCCCGAAGCAACCCUCUAACACUCCAACCACACAACCUUCUCCAAAAACCGCGAUCUUUCGCAGGGAUGAAAAACUGAGCGCUGGACGCCAGUGAACUGAAUGAAUGGAAAGAAGAACUUUUUUCAUUAGCUUGAAUUUGCAAUUCAGUAGAUUUCGUAGAAUUUGUACAAGAACCGCGCAGGUUGUCUUUGGAACCACUCUUUGUAAAUUGCCACGAAAUUCCACGAGUGACAACUUUGAACACGUUGUUAAUGAGGACCAACUAGUAGGAGGGCGUUGUAAAGUCUACUUUUGCCAAAAUUAUUUGAGACAUUUCACAUGACUUCUUCUCAUAUUAGCAGCUUAAUUUGGUGGUAGAACUUGGACCACAAAGACGAUUUCGUCUGAGGCUGUUUUUUGUUUAUCGUUUGUGACCGUUCAAAGAACGAAGCUGUAUAAAAAAAUAUAAGUCUUGGAAUUCAGUCAAAGAAGUAACCGAGAUCCCUUUGUAAAGUUUAGACAACUUCAGACAUGAAAGUCUGAUACAAUACUCUUGCCUCAGCAUAGCCCAACCUGUUGAACUGCUUCUUUGACUGAGUUCAGAUAUUGUAUGUUCAUGUGAUAUUAAAAUGUAUUUAUAUAAGUUUUGUGCCGUUGAUAGAAAUAUUUAUUCUGGUCAUAUUGUAUGUUACUUUGUAAAAGUGAUGUAUCACAAAAUGAUCUUCGUCGGAUAUUUUAUGACAUUAUCCCGUAGUUAAAGUGAAAGUGACGAAUCAUUCUGUAAAAUUCUUCUGUGAUUUCAAGACAGCAUAUUUUUCUACUUAUAUCGUACUGUAAGAGUCGUGCCCUUGUUUGAGACCGUCGACUGAGGUUAACCCCGCUUUAGUAUCUCCCGUAUUUGUGUAGUAUUCAGGACUGACUUCUGGCCAAACGUGCCAACUUUGAUUGCAUUUUGGUAGUGAAAACACUUGCACAAACGAUCUCAGCAUACAUUUCCUUUAUGGUAAAGUUUGUUGAUGUUAAAUCGAAGGAGUAUUCCACAGAUAGAGUUUGACUUGGUCACCCAACGAUGGGGGUCCAUUCUGGUCUUGUUGCGACGCCUUCUACAUACACGAUUUUGUCAGGAGAAUAACGGGGUGAACGAAAAGCCAUGAUUUUUGGAUGGCGGAAAGCCUAGUGGUGUAAAAAGUGCACGCAGUACGAUGGGGCAUUUUGAAAAUAUUUGUAAAGCUCUCCUUGCUAUUGCUUGAUAUAAUAAAGACUUUUAUGACGUA